AUCGCAACCUGAGCACCAUAAAGUCGUCAUCCACCUUGUCGUAACACACAGUUCACGGUCACAAGAGUUGGCUGCUGGUUAAUCACGGACAACAUGGCGAAAGACAUACUGGUGAAGAUUUGUCGCUUCCUGUCCAUUCUCAUGAUAAUGUUGAAGCUGGUGAAUGCCGGCAAAUGCCUUGAAGCCUGUUACACUGAAGAAGCUGUACACCCAACUGAACCCAGCCAGACAUGUGUCCUCCACGGUAUGUGCUCCAUUGAUGGUGGGUGCCACGCUGAUGGGGCGGUUAAUCCUGUCAACAGCUGUGAGCAGUGUGAUUUCAGCAGGAGCAUGUUGGAGUGGUCACCCGUUCUCUAUGAGUUGAACAAUGGUAAGACCACGACUUGUGGGGAGUUCUGUAACUUUGUCCAAAAUCAGGCACCUGAUCUCAUCUCACUUGUUUGCUCCUACCCGGGUUUUGUAAGUGCGAACAACUUCAACAAUAUGUGUCCGUUGAAGGAUACGUCGUCACUGAACUGCCCAGCGGGAGGAAUAAAGCUGACCAAGUACAAGGCUAUGUGUAGUCACAAGACUGCGCUCGAAGCUUCUGCAGACCCAGUGGUUUGUCCAUAGCAGACAAUGUACAGCCAUCGACACCAUUCCGGGCGACGACACUUACAAGAUUAAUAAACCGACUGGUACGGACUUACAUGAGAGCACCUCAUAAUAAUGGAAGUAAUUCUGAAAACUUAUAUGUUUAGUAAACACAUUUCUGAAAAUU